AUGACUUCGGAGAUCACUUAUGCUGAAGUGAGGUUUCAAAAUCAAUCCAACUCAUCGGAUGCCAACUCAGAUCCUCCUGCAGCUCCCAAAGAGAAGACAAGUCCUCAGAAAAGUAACUCUGGUUUUACCAAGCAGCUUCUUGUCUCAUUGCUGAUACUUCUGCUGCUAUUGGCAAUUUCAUUCUUUACUGCUUUUAUCAUUUUCUUUCAGAGAUAUUCUCAGAUUCCUAAAGAAAAAACUAAUGCAAAAAUAUUUCAUGAAAAGCUGACAUGUGAGAAAAGGAAUUUGACUGUGGAAGGCAAAAGCUGGGACUGCUGUCCAGAGAAAUGGAUAGCAUUUAAUACCAGCUGCUACUUUAUUUCUCCUGAAGCAAAAUCUUGGAAUGAAAGUGAGAAAAACUGCUGUGGCAUGGGAGCUCAUCUGCUGGUGAUCAACACUGUGGAGGAGCAGAAAUUAAUAUUAACACAUGUACAACAAGAAUUUGCUUACUAUUUGGGGCUGUCAGAUCCAGAAGGGAACAAUGACCAGUGGCAGUGGAUAGAUCAUUCUCCAUACAACAAGAAUGUCAAAUUGUGGCAUCCUGGUGAACCCAGUAAUCCUAAGGAGCGUUGUGUUACCUUAAAUUACCGUAAGAAGAACUGGGGCUGGAAUGAUAUAAAUUGUAAGCAAAAGGAACAUUCAAUUUGCAAGAUGUUGAAGAUCUACCUAUGA